AAACACGAUCUCAAAAUUGUCAAACGAUCAAAUGGUUCAGGAGGAGGAGUCUUAUUCGGUUAUUGGAAGGUUCAGCGCGCACCAGCAGACGAACGAAACUCAUCGACUUCGUCACAUCCAAGAACAUGGCCAUACUCUAAAAGUACACAUGGAGAUCACCUAACGAUUAGGAGUUACAAAUUGACUAUGUUAGAAUCUAGCAAGAUACGACAGCGGUAGCGGACAGGUGGAAGGAGCACUUUCAAUAGCUGUUGAACGGUGAAAUGCGAGAGGGAGUCGUCGAGGACAGGAUAAACGUUGGGGAUGAUGGAAUAGCUGUGGAUCCGCCUACGUUGGAUGACGUGGCUAAAGCCGUAAAGGAGCUCAGUAACGGAAAAGGGAAAGGAUCAUUCUACGCAUUUGGUGCGAAGAACGGCUUCCGACCGACCGACUGGAAGGGGCAAACACUACAACGACAGAUCACAUGUUCACUCUGCGACAAAUUCUCGGCAAGUUCCGGGAGUACAACCUGCAAACACAUUAUUUGUUUAUCGACUUCAAGGUGGCGUACGAUUCACUCAAAAGAAACGAACUCUGGAAGAUUAUUGCUAGAACACGGCCUUCUGGCGAAGCUAAUUAGACUGAUUCGUGCCACGCUGGACUAGUGCUGCAAACAGGGCUUUCUACGGUCUUCGAAGCCAGCUAAGGUCCCGCAGCCUAAGAACGUUUACAAAAAUUACGCUGUACAGGACCUUGAUACUUCCUGUGGCUCUUUACGGUCACGAAUCGUGGACGCUAAAGGAGGCUGACCAGAGAGCAUUCGGGGUCUUCGAGCGGAGAAUCUUGCGCUCUAUCUUCGGCGGCAAGCUAGUAGGAGACCGUGGCGCAGGCCCAUAAACUUUGAGUUGUACCUAGACUACAAACAUGCUGAUAUCGUAAAAGCCAUCAAACACGACAGGCUGAAGUGGGCUGUACAUGUACCCAGAAUGUCGGACGAGCGGGCUGCUGAAACAAUAAUCAGCAGCGAACCUGUACGGGGACGCCGACUUCGUGGAAGGCCGCGUACGCGGGCAGCACAAGAUCCUGGAUCCUGGAAAUUUACCAAGGCACAAACAUCGACUCGAACCACUACUUGGUGGAGAAAAAACUGACCUAGUUCUCACAGCCACAAUAGUAUGACCUGGAUCAACACAAAGCACAUAAAAUGACGAGAGAAAUCGACGCUAAGUGUACUGACGAGAAUGCUUGCUCAUCGAAACUCCUUUGAAGGACUGGGGAAGCCGCAUAGAAGCAACCGUCAACGAAGCGGCAUCGAGCGUCAUCGGGUAAGUGGAACGAGUUCGACAUGAAGGCUGGUUCGAUGAGGCUUCUGCGAAGUACCAGUGAGAACAAGGAGAGGUACAAAUAGUUGCGAAGAUAGCAUACCCAUAUCUUCCAGGAUAAGAAGCGCCACCUGGAAGAGUUAGAGUGCCACGACAUGAAACAACGGAAUCGCUCCAACGAAACGCGUUUGUUCUGCGUGAUAUUCAGCAAAUUCCGCAACGGCUUAAUGCCGCGAGCAGAAAUGUGCCGGGACAUAGGUGGAGGAAUCUUGACGGACGAGCGUGACGUGAUCGAAAGGUGGAAGCAGCACUGCGACGAACGCCUGAACGGUCCAGAGGUGGUGAACUAAGACGACGAGAGAAGCGACAUCAUCAAUGUAGCCGGUAAGAAAGCUAACCAAUUGAGCACCCGAUUCGAGUGGUAGAAAUGACAGUUCUCCCAUAAGGAAUACAUUGUAGAAAAAAGCAAAAACUGCUCGAAUGGAAAUGCUCCAUUGGCACUGAUGGUGAGAAAAGUUACUGACGCCAUCAAUAAGCUUAUGAAUACUAAAGCAGCUGGGAAGGAUGGUAUCGGAGUGGAACUCUGCAAGAUUGGAAAGAGGGAGUUAUAUGUCCGAUUUACAAGACGCGAAUGUGAGAACUAUGGAGCUAUCAGUAUUCUGAAAGCGGCCUACAAAGUGCUUACAAAGUGCUGUUUCAGACCAUUUUCUCUCGUCUGGCAGAGUGAGCAAAGGAUUUUGUUGAUGCGUACCAGGCCGGUUUAGUGGAGGGGAAAUCGAAGACGGACCAAAUCUUUUUGCUACGCCAAAUCCUCCAAAAAUGUCGCGAGCACCAGAUCCCGACGCACCACCUGUUAAUCAAUUACAAAGCCGCGUUCGACUCGGUCGAUCGCGAAGUGCUAUGGAAGAUUAUGUACAAGAAUGGAAGCUGAUCAGAACGGAAAUCAACGAUGGGCGAUGGGCACGGUGCAGCGUGAAGAUUUCGGGUGCGAUGUCCAACCCGAUCGAAUCACGCAAGGGACUGCGACAAGGCGACACGGUAUGUAGUGGAAGGAUGACGAUCUGCUAUGCUGACUACAUGGACAUCGUCGGCAGAACGUUCGAGGAGGUGGCUAGAAAGUACACUGAAUUGAAGCGAGAAGCGGAGAAGGUUGGAUUGAAGGUGAAUGUGGCGUAGACGAUGUAUCUACUGGCAGAAGUAACCGAGUCCCUUGGGCUCGCAGAGUACCGAGCGUAACGACUAACGAAGACGAGUUCGAGGUUAUGGAUGAGUUUGUGCACAUCGGAUCGUUGGUGACGUCGGACAACAACUGCAGCAGAGAAAUUCUGAGGCGCAUCAUUACUGGUAGAAGUGCCUAUUACGCUAAUAAGACCGGUUGUUCUCAACGGGCACGAGACGUGGACGAUGCUCGAGGGUUACCUACAAGCGCUUGAGGUUUUCACACGGCGAGUGCUUGGAACGAUCUUCGAUGGCGAACGUGAGAACAACCACGAGCUGGCGCAACUAUACGGCAACGUCUCAGAAACGUCCGCUAACCGAACCAGACAAUCAAUCCGACGAAGUUAGUUGGAGUCUGGUAGCAGGACAAGUUUAGACAAGAUCCGGUAAUUGAAGGAUCGAGCUAUUUGACAAAUCAAAGCCAAGAAAUUGAUGAAGCAAAACAACCAUCCAUUCAAGCCCACCAAACAGCGUCAUCUAUUGCCGUAUUCCAACCACCCAUCCGAAGCGCCGCCUCACCCGAACGCGUCGCCGCCAAAGCAAACCCCGAUCGCUCUACGCUCACACCAAUACAGUCUCACACGCCGGAGAAGCCGCCUCAUACGCGCGCUCACACACACCACACACACUUUCACCGUGCCGCGCGAGUCGGCACUAUCCGAUCCUCAGUUUUCGGUCGGUCGCCUCACUGUUGAGACGUAAUUUACGCAUUUAUGAAUGGUGUGUGGUGUGUCAAGAGAGAUUCGUGUGGUUCAGUUCAGGAAGAGAGGAACAACUAGAAACAUACAACAUACACAAUUCCCACAAUAAUGGAUGGAUGGCGGAGCGGGCAACCCGAGUGGCGGCGAUUCCAACAGAACAGUUUCCACGGUUUGCGGCACCGUAACGCGGUUCUGCACGGACAUUAAGGGCGGAAGUGGCCGCAAUUCUGCGCUCCCCUUCCUUCGAGCUACUGGGAGAGGGAGAGCGAGCAGGAACAACGCAGCGGCGUAAACACAAAAUCGAUAUUUUCGGAUCCAGCACGGAUAUUGUGUGUGAGCGGGUGUGUGAGUGCAAAAUAUUGGGCGAAACGCACACUGGACGACGAAAAACUACGGGAUCCUUUGGGGAGGGAGUUUGUGGAGGCUAAGGAAUCUCCCGGAUACCUUUUCUGGGGUCCGUCGAGGAAUUCCCAUUGGAUGUUGGAUACAAGCGUGCCCUCCGAGCGAGGCUAGGAUUGAGAAGGAGAAGAAGCUGCGUACGGUGGUAUGGUUGCUUCUCGAUGGUGUUGUUGUUGUUAUUGCUGCUGGAUGACGAUAAUACAUUAGCGCUUGGAGAAGUAGCAGAACCAGCAGUGUGCUGCCUGUCGUACAAGUGUUUGAAAUUUAAAUUGAUAGAAAUAGUCGCUGCAGAAGUGGUCUAAUUUGUAUUGUAUACACAGAUAUAAGCACGUAGAUGUAGGGUAUCAAACGUACGCGUAAGAAUUGCGCGAUAAGCAAACUAGAGAGUGUCGGAGCAAAGGAGGAACAACACACUCAAGUGUAAAGUGGUUCGGGUGUUCUGCCUGGAAGAUUUGCGAAGAAAUUGCAAACACAACAACACAGGGCCAAUUCUGAAGUGUAGAGAGAGAGAGAGCGUGGUGUGGCGCUUGUGUGUUCUAUCUACCUUGGAAUACCGAGAAACCAACGCUAAGAAAAGAGCAGCGGUAAAGCAACAGCGCCAGGCAAGGCAUUGUGUGUGAUGAAGAAAAAAUAUGAUUCAUGUGUGUAAGAAGAAAGUGGCGCAGCAGCAGCACCUCCAGUAACACAGUAAGAAUCCGGAUAGAAGAGGAAGAAUAGCUAUUUAUGGGAUCUCGCGGUGCACGUUGUGUUGUGUGAAAACACCAGCACUUGUUAGGGAAUAAACAAAUAAUUAAACGCAACAACAAAAAUCGGGCCAAAUGAGGCCAUCGCCAAUAAUGCCGAAUGCUGGAAAGCAUCGGAAAAAGUGAUUCCAAAGUAAAGUUUGGUAUACAGAAAAAAGUGCCCCGAAAGUUGCAGAACCAGUGUCACAAGCAGCAGCCAACAACGCCAAGUCUCUUCUGGUUCCGAAGGAGAAAUUCCAAAUGGUCAAACAUUUUUAUGGCGCUGUUAUUAUUUCGAUUCUGCCUUGUGUUCGCGAUCGGAUUAUUCUUUCUCAAUGGGUUCGCAAUACCGCCAGUGUCAGCGUUCGUUAACAGCCCGGGCCCGGACCGGCUGCGGCUCACGGUGUCCCCACCGGCCCAGGUGGUAAUCACGGCGACCAAGAACAGCCCCGUGUACCUGCCAUGCCACGCCGAGGCUGACGUCGACAGCCGCAAUGACUGGUCCAACUCGGAAAUGGACGCUGAGCUGGACGACGGCGAUUAUGAGGACGCGGUGGACAUUAUGCUGCCGCCGCUGGUCGAACGCCAGGACGCCGUCGCCGCCGGUGGUGGUCUGUACGAGAACGCGGCGCUCGAUCUGACCAGCUUGGCGCACGACCCGGUGAACCCGCGGCACCGAGAUAACGAUCUGGACGACGAGGAGGAGGAUGAUGACGAUGAGGAGUACGAUGAAGAGUCCGAAAGGAGGCGGCAACGCAGGAGAAGGCAGCGUUACCGAAGGGCGCUCUACGGCGACGACGACCUCAUCGAGUACGUGUGGUUCCGGAACGGGUUGGAGUUCUUCAGCACGGCCUUCCAGAACCAGAAUCACAAACAGUCGCACAAAGGCUUCCGGUUGUUCCCGAACGGGACGCUGAAGAUACCAUACAACCGCCAGUUGAGCAACAUCUCCGCUGGGGUGUACCGGUGCAAAGCGAACCUGACGCGGCAUGCGUCUGGAACUAUCAUGUCGACGGAGUCUGUGGUCACCAUCGCUUACCUCGAGCGGCACAACACGAUCAUCCCGGACAACAACACCGUAGUGGCAGCCGCCCAGCAACCACUCGUACUGCACUGCCCAUUCGUGAGCCAUCCACCGGCCAAUGUAACCUGGAUGGUCAACAAGACCCAGAUACUUUUCAACAACUACGCUCAGAGCGCGCAAGACACCAGGUACUACCAGCUACAGAACGGCAGUCUGCUGAUGGCCGACGUGCGCCUCUCCGAUGCCGGUCGAUAUCGGUGCAAUGCGACCAACAACUUUGCGUCGAAAACCUUUCGCAGUUACAGCUACGUGGUGAACGUUCAACCAGCGCCAACGGCGAAGCCAGUGGACCGUCUCCUACCGCGAAUGCAACCGCAAAUCCAGCACGUCCGAACGGGAUCAAUACUGAAGCUAAACUGCGCCAGUGAAGCGGGUCGACCGCGGUGGACAUUCACACCCCGGCAGGGCAAAAUUCCGAUCAGCCUGGUCAACUUCACUUACCAGUUGGUGUUCGUGAAUGUUUCGAUGGACAAGCACGACGGGGUGUACAACUGCUCAGUCGGUAGCGACUUUCAGCUGUUUAACGUGACCGUACUCGUUCCGCCGGUUUUCUUGAGCAAAAUAUCUUCGGUAACCUCGUCAGUGGUAGCAUCCAUGUCGUUCAACAGCACCGUCAGCGGUAACCCGAUGCCCAAGAUAACUUGGUUCAAGAACGGGCGAGAGCUCAAGAACAACUACAUCGCACACUACGACUACCCGAUGCUACGCAUCAACACUAUCGACCCGGAGGACGAAGGUCUGUACCAGUGCAUCGCGAAGAACGAAGCUGGAGAAGCUAGCAUCUCGAUGUACCUGUCGAUCCGAGAUAAAGACAAGUACCGACGGUUGUACAAGCGUCCGGAGAACAUCCAGUGUUACCCGGUGGACACGACCAGCUUGUACGUCCGCUUCGAUCGAGGCAUGCAGCACAUCAACACGGAGUACGCCAUGUACUACCUGGCAUCUGACGACCCGUACAGCUGGUACAGCUCUCCGCCAACGCAGCUGAUCACCAACAACAGCCUGAAGAUCACCGGACCGGCAGUGACUCCAUUCCGCAACUACACCGUGUACUUGCGAGCCUGUUCCGUGAACAACGUAGCCGACGCUGGAGGUUCGGGACCAUCCGGAAAGGAGCAGGUCAUUCCGUCGAAGCUAUCCAAAGGAUUUCAGUGCACAUCGCAAGGCGUUCCGGUCCUGUCGAUCUUCUUCCCAAACGGAAUCUUCAUUUGGUGGCCCAGAUUCCCGAACGUGGAACCAACCGCUCUCACCAUCCAGUUCAAGCAGGUCUACGAAACAGAUCAAGCGCCCGCCUUUGCCGAUCAUAUAAACGGUACGCUGCAGAUCCUCGACGACUACAUCACCCACGAGGAGGUCGCUCCGCUGUUGAUUCCCGUCAACGUAACUUUCACCCAGUUUUUGGAAAACAUACCGGAGGACAGCGCAAGCAGCGGUAUCAAGCGUCGCCGUCGAGCGUUCGACAUCGGCAAGAACCCCAAGCAAAUCUUCGAGUCGCUGACCGGUACCCAGAUGGACCUGGAGAAGGCGGGUGGAAGUGCCGGCGGUGAGUCGGGAAAACCUGGUCGCCAGAUUCGUCAGGUAUCGAUCAGCCAGAUCAAAGUGCCGGGUAACGUAACGGGCGUGCUGAUCCCCAACACGAACAAGUUGGUCGUUAGGAUUCUGGGAUCGGUCAGCCCCGACGGAGAGCCGAUGGUGCAGGACUACCGGUACAUCCAGUGGAAGACGAUCGACGCCGCCCACCGUCCUCCGGACACGGUCAACCGCUUCCAGACGGAACAUCUGGACGCACGCAGCGUCCAGUUCACCUGGAGCCGCUUCAUCGCAACGGACGCGAUCAACCGGUGUCUGAUGCUGUGCUACAAGAACGUGAACCACGACGUCGUCAUCCGCGGAGGCUCGAACCGGGUCAACUGUCUGAACAUUCCGAAGGAUGCGACGCACUACAACCUGGCGGGUUUGCUUCCGUUCACGCUAUACAAGGCGUUCCUCAGGCCGUGUCACUCCAAGGAGGCUAUCAGCGCCGUGCUGGACUUUCAGACGAAGCAGGAUGUCCCCGGACCCGUGACGAACCACAUGCUGGAGCGCAAGGACGGAAUCACGCUCUCGUGGGGUCCACCGGAGAACCGCAACGGAAUGCUUCAAGGCUACCAGGUCACGUGGAUCGACAAGGACAACGUGCACUACACGGCGAAUCUGACGGUGGACGCACGACGCUUCCACUUCCCGAACGUGUCCGCAGAGGAGAAGAUCAACAUCUCCAUUCGGGCUAUCGGAAGCACCGGAAUGGGCAUACCGAUCUACGUGAAUCUCCUAAACUACGUGAUCGUCACUCCGGAACCACCCGUGGAAGAUCCCGUUCCGUGGGUGGAGAUCGCGAUCGGCACGGUGAUGGUCGUGUUCUUUCUGCUGUUCUGUUGUCUGCUGGUUAUACACAGACGGAACUGCAAGAAGGCGCACCGGAACCAGGACGCAGCGAACACCACGCCGAUGGCACUGCAGGCGCACCACACGACCAACUGCAGCGCCGACAUCCACGAGAUGCAAACGCUGAUCAGGACGCCGGAUCAACUACCAGUAUUAAUACCGAACGGCAAAUACAAACAGCCCCAGCAUUUGCAGAUCAUCAACGCGCUGGAAAGCGUCCGAGGACCUGCCAACACUACAUUGAACGUCGCCAGCAGCUCUGCCAACGGAAAGUCGCACCGUUUGUCCUCAAACCCCAGAAAUGGACUCUUGCCUCACUCGGACAUUUCUUCCCUACAACUGAACUCGCCACUUCCAGUCCCACAACCAACAGUAUCCUCAGGUGUCUUCGGUUCCAGCACACCGUUGAGCACACUUUUGAACACUAGUAGAUGUAACCACGUUGUCCCAGGCGCGGAACGACCUCAGAUGUCUAUCGCCACUAGCAGUAAUAGUAUUUAUCGUAGUUCCAAUAGUAGCUAUCUCAAUGCGGCCGAAGAGCACAGCGAACCACGUGCUCCCGCGGAAACUGGACUCAGUACGGGUGAUCCAAUAAGCCAACUGCAACCGAAACAUUCCUCCAGAGCAACAAUAACAACUACCACUUCUACGUUUACACCCAACAACCACCCGGCGGAAAAACAGCACCCGGCCCCGCCAAGUUCCGCAGCUACCUCGACGUCGCUCUCGUCAGCGUCCAACCUCUCCGCCAACUCGGCCGGCUCGAGUGGCGGCUCCUCGACGAUAUCGUCCUGUUCUGUUCCCCAGCAGCAGCAGCCACUACCAGUACAGUACAAUCAACCCUACGUGGCCACCGUGCACCGGAGCAAUCACCCGGCCAACGGCGGCCUCGGUGCGGCUUCUGCCUCCUUUCCUGGCACGUGUUUCAGCGUGACACCAGCGGAGGUGCGAAUUACCGAGAAUCCUCAGUAUUCCAAAACCAGCAAACUAGCGGAUGGAUACCACCACGCUGCUCCAUCGGCCGUAUUGAACACUUCGCUGUUCGACAGUAGCCAACGUAGAUUAUUAGAUUUAACAAUAGAUAGUAAUAGUGUAGAGCAGUACGACGACGACGACGACGGCGAUGACGACAACGCAACCAACUGUGAUCAGAACGACGACGACUCCGCGUCACGAGAACUACCCGUGACCGGCCAGCUAACGGUACGAGUGGUCCGGCAGUGCUCUCCUUCGCAGGAGGGCGACGACAACAACAACGGUGCCGGCCGCGGUCCCAGUCUGCACAAUAACGACUGCCGCCAUCAGCUGGCGGCUCUCCGAAGUCACCACGAUCCGGCGGCGGCGGACAUCGUCGAGUAUGACCACGAAGAGGACGAUGACAAUCUGGAAGGGCUGGACAACUCGUCGGCGCUGUUGACCGAGAGUGGGCUCAGCUCGAAACCGUUGCACCAGCAGCACGCCUCCAGCUGGAACUUCCGGCGACCGAUCGUCGGUCCGAACGGUUAGUUGCCAGUGUCAGUCACCUGUAGCGUCGCACAACAGCAACUACAUCAUAAUCAUCAUCAUCAUCAUGAACAUGUUCUAAUCGACCCCCUCUCGAAACCUACAGCAACAACGCAUGUGAUCGCCAUUAUCGUAAAAGAGUAAGAUGACUAUACUUACACUGUGUGUGUUUAUAUUUUUUUCUAAAUUUAUAAUAUUUUGUUUUGGGUUAAUUUAGCUUUAUCAUAAAGGGAUGAAAGAGUUCGCGUUGAUCUAGUUUGCAAAGGAAUGUUUCUGAAACCGACCACAAAUUCUAAAAGAAAGUAACCAUGACCUUGCGUUUGACAGAAACCUCACCUGAAUAUUUGUUUACAUUGAUUGAAUCAAAGGUAAAAAAUUCUGGUAGGUACCCAGAAUGAUGCCUUUCUAUGCUGGCAACCAUCCUCUAUACUUGUCAACAAUGUCAUGUUUUGUUGAGCGCAAAUAAAACAAAUUAACUAAACUUUUUAAUUUUCACAAUUUCGUGUAAAUUUUUUUUCCAGAAUCGAGUAAAGUUUUUAUGAACGUCGAUGAAAAUUACACAAAACUACAAAACGAAAACUUAAAUAAUCUUUCUUGACCAUAGUGAACUUCAAAUCGUCAACGUCAAACCAAACAUUCCCAAGAAUGAGUUUUAAGGCCCUACGCCAGGUUUGGAUUAAUUUUACUAAGAAUUCAAUGAAAACUCAGUGCAUAAAGCUUUCUAGGCCCGCAGUGCAAAAACUAUGAUUUAACUCAAAAAUGAAUAAAUCCCCGUCACAGUAUCCUGUUGCAAACAAAGCUCGAACUGUCACAGUCCUCGCGAAAUAUGUUUGCUGACAUCGGGCGAUCAAUUUAAAAAAAAACCAGCUAGAAGUUGCAUGACUAAAAACUUUUGCGAGAAAUAGAAAGCAGAUUCUGAUGCAAACACACCAACUUCUGUGACACCCCGUGAUUCGAAUGUGGUGGUCAAUUUUUGACUAGAAUGCCUUAUUUCACCAGAUUUAAGUGGCUUCUACACGAAUUUGUGACUAGGUUAGGAUUUGACGAGAACUGAUUUAUUUUGAAUGAAGGUUUCCUGUGAACAACUACACUCGAGCUCGAUCAUUGUUUGCAUCAGGACACUCUGACGAGGAGUUCGUAAUUUUUGGGUUAAAUUACAUUUUUUCACUAAACUUUACCUAAAAAUAUCAAUUUGGAUUUUUUGCUAGCAUGGGUUAUCAAAACACACUUCGAGAUUUCCUACACGCACAUUCGAAAUUACUCAGUUUUUUUUUUUCAAAACCGAAACUACUCAGAAAUGAGUAAGUUGAGCAACUGCUAGAUUCAGGUGAAUUUCAUCCAAAUCUGACAGUUACCCCAACAACGUAGUUAUCAGUAGGUUCGUUUCGACCAAAAAACUGAGUAAUUCGAUGGAAAUCCAUUUCAAUUCACUAAAACAAGCUGUUCAUCUUUCGAAUUAGAUCAUUUCCUUGCCAAACAAAAUCAACGCAAACCUUUAGUAACAUCUGACUUUAUUACUUGUAACAAAAUUAUACUAUUAAAAGAGGCUUUCUAAAAGAUGGCGCUAAACACGUACACGAUUCGCUGCAAAUUAUCUGUUUAGAACAUUAAGAGUCAUUCGUUCUGCUUUGAUUGUAAAUAAUUCAACAACUCAAUCUUACCGGAAGACGCUGCGAAGCAGAGGGUCAUCUUUCUCACGCGAACAUAACUGUAAACUUGACGUACCUAAACGCAAUAGAGGUUAAUUUGUACCGUUAACGCGCGCACGAGCAGUGUAACACAGCUCGGUUUGUUUGUCUCUGUUUCUAGUGUUAACUCGCACUCACACACUCUUUUUCAGCUCAUUACACCAACCCCCAACACAGCGAAAAGAAAAACACGUUUUGCGCGUUCCUUUUUGUGCGUCGUUCGCUGUGAGCGAACAUGACAGAAAGCGAACCUGGACAAAGCAAAACACAUACACAUACACAUAAAGCACUCUCACACAUGUAUUACGUAAAAUUGUAAGAUGCAAAGCAAACAAGAAAAUCCAUAAAAAUUAAGUAUAAGAUAUAAUAUAUUACAAUCUGGUACCUGAAAUGAACAGUAGGAAUAAGUUGACCUAUUAAAAACAGUAGUAAGAGAAUAGUAGUACUAUUAUAUAAAACACACACACAUACAACAUGGGGAAAUUCGAAACCAGAUGAAGCACACAACAAAAGAGAGCAAAGUUAGAGUUUAGUUGUCCCUCUUUUCAGUUUCAAAUAAAAACACGGCUAUUUUACAAAUACACUGUUAAAUUAUCCACUGCUUUUUUCGAGGCGCGGAGGAAGCGACACGUAUACUUUAACGAGCAGAACAUUGAAGGAGGCAUCUAAAUUGAGAGAAUCUAUUAUAAAAAAACAAUUAGGGUAAGGCAGUUUGCAUUGAUGACGUUAAAAUUAUAAAUGCGAAAUUAAAUUUCGAAACGGCUAUCUAACACUUAACGAGAAGCAGAAAACGAGAGAUUGUGAUUAAGGCAAAAGUUGAAGAAAAAAAUGUUAAGCUAGCUUUUUCUUCGAAAAAGGCGAAGCGAUUAAAAGAAGAGUAAAUUUAACAAUUAUUUUUGUAAAACAGAAAAAUAAGAGAAAGGAGCAAAUUGUAAAACAUUAAAUUUGGCAACCGCGCGCGAUACGAGUUACACGAACCGAAAUAUGGAACAGGGCUAGAAUUGAAUCCAGAAAAAAUCUACAGAUGGCAAAGAAACGUAUUUAACGUGCCUUGCUUGUACAAACAGAAAAGUAUAACACAACAAAAAAAGAAGAAAAGAGAAACCGAACAAAAAUAAUCAUAUUUCCCGAGCGAGUCUCCCUGCGGAAGCUGCUGCACAAAAUGUUGUUUUAACCCCACCCUUCCCAAAAUUGGUUGAAAAUUUCCAGUUUGCUGCUUACACAUUCAUUACAAUAGUGCCAUUCAGUUUAACACCAAACGUCAAAACAACACGGAAAUGACAACAAUUUGAACGAUAGCCCCUCCGUUAAACAAGUGCAAUAUCAAUAGCGAAUUAAGAAAAAAUAAUAGAUUUACACAUACAACUUUCAUCCACACACUCCAAUUAAUACAUUAAAUUUUGUUAUUGCGCAUUUUGCACUUCUCUAGAG